AUGAACCGAAGCAUUCCUGUGGAAGUCGAUGAAUCAGAACUGUACCCAAGUCAGUUGCUGAAAGCAAUUCCAGAAUAUUCCCUGGGAGAGGAAUCAGCUCCAACUGCUCCAAAUACAAGGGACAUGGAACUCACAAGCUUGUCUGCACUCCAGACCCCUCACUGUUCCUCAGGAGAGGCUACUCAAGCUCACUCGCCCCUGAAACUUGCAAAUCAUCAGUGGCCUGUGUCCCAGCAGGCCACCUGCCUACACAAUACAGUCCUGGAGGAGAGUGAAGACAGCUUCUGCAGGAGACACACAGACCUGGGCAAAGAUUUUCCCUCAGGCCCCUCUGUGGCCAGUGAAUCUGACUCUGAGUUAAUGAUUGGAGCCUUCCUUCCAGAACAUCAGUUUUCAUUUAUAGAAAAACGUAAUCAAUGGCUGGGAUCUCAGCUUUCAGCAGCUUCUCCUGACACUGGCCAUGACUCAGACAAAUCAGGCCAAAGUUUACCUAAUGCCUCAGCAGACUCCUCAGGCAGUGGCCAAGAGACAGUGCAAAGGCCCCACAGGAACCCAGCAGCCCCAGAUCUGCCUACUAUCGACACUGGGUAUGACUCUCAGCCCCUGGAUGUCCUAGGCAUCAGGCAGCUGGAAAGACCCCUACCCCUCACCUCUGUGUGUUACCCCCAGGAUCUCCCCAGACCUCUCAGGUCCAGGGAUUUCCAUCAGUUUGAACCUCAGAGGUAUCCAGUAUGUGCACAGAUGCUGCCUCUCAACCCUUCCCCACAUGCUCAGUGGAACUAUCACUACCAUUGUCCUGGAGGUCCAGACCACCAGGUGCCAUAUGGCCAUGACUACCCUCGAGCCGCCUACCAGCAAGUGAUCCAGCCAGUUCUUCCUGGGAAGCCCCUACCCGGAGGCCCUCACCCUGUGCAGAAGGUCAUUCUGAAUUAUCCCAGCCCUCAAGACCAAGAAGAGAGACCAGCACAGCAACACUACUUCUCCCCAGGGCCCUCCAGGUAUGGGGACCAGCUGUAUAACCAGACACCUAACAGAGCUGGAGCUCUUAAGGACUCCUUGGAGUGCCCCGCAGGUCUGAGACCACAGGGUCCCCGGGCUGCAUCCCCAGCUGCUGCUCCUCGACCCCCUAGUAACCCUCCAGCCAGAGGAACUCUGAAAACAAGCAAUUUGCCAGAAGAAUUGCGGAAAGUCUUUAUUACAUAUUCUAUGGACACAGCCAUGGAGGUGGUGAAAUUUGUGAACUUUCUGUUGGUAAACGGCUUUCAAACUGCGAUUGACAUAUUUGAGGACAGAAUCCGUGGCAUUGAUAUCAUUAAAUGGAUGGAGCGCUACCUUAGGGAUAAGACAGUGAUGAUAAUCAUAGCAAUCAGCCCCAAAUACAAACAGGAUGUGGAAGGCGCUGAGUCGCAGCUGGACGACGACGAGCAUGGCUUACAUACUAAAUACAUCCAUCGAAUGAUGCAGAUUGAGUUCAUAAAACAAGGAAGCAUGAAUUUCAGAUUCAUCCCUGUGCUCUUUCCAAAUGCUAAGAAGGAACAUGUGCCCGCCUGGCUUCAGAACACUCACGUCUACAGCUGGCCCAAGAAUAAGAAAAACAUCCUGCUGCGGUUGCUGAGAGAAGAAGAGUAUGUGGCUCCUCCCCGGGGCCCUCUGCCCACCCUUCAGGUGAUACCCUUGUGA